CAAACGAGUAGCAAGAGGUUGGUCCAUGUAAGCUGGCACACAAGCGAGAGCUUUGUAGUGAGGGUUGUGGGGCAAUGGAGUACUUAGAAAACUAGCAACUUGGAAAUGUAGAUUCUAUUGAGCAGAAUACUGACAUAAGAAUUAUUGAGGAGGUCGAAUGGUAAGGUCCAACGUGAGAAACUUCCAGAGAUUGAGCUGGAACUUGAGGCGAUCACAACCUAGCUUGGAGUGUUUUGGGUACAUAUUGUCUCUGAAAUGGAGCAUCAAGCUCAAAAGCAGGAAGUGGAGGAUCUGGUUCCUGAGAAUGAGAUUGACAUCGAAGAACUGAUAGCUGCUUGGGAUGAGUUUCUGGAUAGCAGCAAAAUGGAUUCUACUCAUGACAAAGAUCACAGUGGACUAGAUGAUUUCCAGGUUCGAAAUGUGCGCCGUCACGUUAAAGACGCCUUGAAUGCACUAAUGGGUCAUCCCACUGAAGGGAACGCAGAUCAUUCAACCCACAGUGGAAGUUUGCCGGCCGAUGAUGAAAUGGCCAGAAGUCCACCCGCUCGAUCGGAGGAGAACGAGCCCUUGGAUUCCUGCCCUGCUGAUGAGCAACACAAAAAUGCCAAUAGAUUUAACGAGGGAGAGGUUUCAGCUGAACAGAGUCUGUACAUUAAGAUCCAGAUACACGAAGAAAUAGACCCAGCAGCUUUCCCGCCAGGAACUGUGGUUGGAUACUUGGACUUGACAUCGAAUGCUGUCAGCAGACGCCCACAUUCUGAGCGUGUUGAGGCACCGUCGGAGGUCCACGCGGCCGACGAUGUCUCUCCACGUACGCCCGGCGAUGAUGAUCUCUGAGAAUUGAGAGCCCGAAUUGUUCCAUGAGAGACUCGGCUUCUGAAUCACCCCUUAAAGCUUGGGAUUGAACGUCUUCAUCGGGCCUCAUGAGUGUUCGAAGGUUGGAGACAUCGGCGCCUACAAAAAGCGAGUUUAAGUCUCUUGAGGUUAGAACCUCUUUGUUAAGUUUUAUGUAGUAGUGAGGAUAUGAAGUUAAGUGUAUUACGUU